GUGCCCUUAGCCUCCUCUAGCGCCUUCGCAGCCUCACCGCGCUCCAAGUCCACGAUGCACCUCGUAGCGGACCGCGCCUCCCGCACCCCUGUCCUGCUGUGUGCUAUACUCGCGCUGCUGCUGCUGCUGCCGCCAGAGCCCCUGGCGCACGCUGGUCCCGUCGCGACUGUGCUGAGGGAGCUCCGCUGCGUCUGUCUAAGCACCACGCCCGGCGUCCAUCCCAAAAUGAUCGCCAACCUGCAAGUGACUGUCUCAGGCCCGAAGUGUCCCAGGGUGGAAGUAGUAGCUUCCUUGAAGAACGGGAAACAAGUCUGUCUGGACCCAGAAGCCCCUUUGAUCAAAAAAGUUAUUCAGAAAAUGCUGGACAGUGGAAACAAGCAAAACUGAUUAGGAGGAAGGACGGUGUACUGUAAAGUUUGCCCAGUCUUCAAAGAGCAGGAGCCUUCUUUUUCUGUGGAGGCUGUGGAUCUGAUAAAGAAAGAAGAGUUGAUAUUUUCCCCCCAGUAUUUUACUGUGUGGAUUCCCUGC